AUGGCUUGCGACGAGGAUGACUCCUUCGCGGAGAUCUACCGAUCGUACAAGGUCUCUACCGACUACUUCUUGCAAUGGCUCUGGUCCCAGCAUCAAAGUAUUCAACCGAAGCCAGCCAGCGUUCCAAGGACCACAAAAGGCAUCCUAACGGCUGCGAAGGCUCUGUCGCAGGCUUUCAAGAAGACUAAGCACAGUGUCCCAGCAUCUAUCAUCAGUUCGCUUCGCAACGCGAUUUCAAAGCGUCGGGAAGCUGUUGCCGUUUACGAGGAGCUGGGUGCCGAUGAUAUCAAUCACGGAGUGCUUGAGCAGACCUUGUCAAUCCUAACUCCUUUCAUGGCCAGAUCCCUUGCCCCGGCUGCUGUGGCGACCAACGCCGAUAAAGCCUCCACUGCCAACGCGUUUGCUUCCCUUGCCACCCUCGCCGGUGAACUUGAUAGAGGCCUCGAUCACCCUUACAGAGUUCCAGCAUCUACCUCCCUGCCACCUCAGAAUGAUCUAGGCCCCAGUUGUGGUCCAACGUCCGACACAGCGCCGUUCGAGGUUCUGCUUGAGGACGAUGAACUAAGUGAUUUUAUGGAAAUAAUUGCCUUGCUUGAUUAUUUAGAAGGUGUCAAAUCUGAUAUGAAGCAGUACUGGGCCGAUGCUGCCAAGGGAAUACUGCCGCUUCCACUGGCGUCCUGGCUCACAAACCUGACCUUUCGGCAACUUCAGGUAUUAUUCAAGAGAUUCCAUGGCACGAGCCGUGACCUCGAGAACCACUGCAGACGCGCACACAAAUUCUUUACCGACCACCCGAACCUGGAAGCACGUUUUAAAAUACGUGGCAUGUCCGGCGCCGUCCGAUUUUGCAUCAUUUCGCAAGCCGUCAACAACCACCCUCGCAAGGCAGAGUUCUACGAACAGUUCUCCAAAGAGAGGAAUGGACAGAUGUGCAUGUUGCAUGAGCUCAUGCCACAGGACCCUACGCUUCUCAUUCCGCCGCGAAAACCGCCAGUCGAGAUGCCAGAGCCUGAUGGGGACAUUGAAGCACCGGAACACUGGGCAGUGAUUGAGAUCUUCAAGCACAUCAAGAGAGACAUGAAAGAAGGGCGGGGGAUCGCAGACUUAGAGAUUUGGGACGAGGCCAUGGAAUGUCCUUCCGAGCGCAUUCUACCCUUGGCUCUGGCAGAUAUCCGCGACCCCCAAGUGCCCGCAUCUCUGGAACUGGUCCUCUGCAUGGACAUUUUUCUCACCAGCUACGAGACGUUUCUCUGGGCGGAUGGCAAGCACAACAAACAGAACUGUCGUCUACAGGCGCUUCGUUUGGCAAAAGACAUGCAGAAGAGCAUUGUUUCGGCCAUUGGUAGCUUGAAAAAGCUGACUCGAGAUAUGAGCUACUUCAAACCGUGGAUUGGAUUCCAGCAAGAACUCUACGACGUGCUCGAUACAUAUCUCCGCGAGAAGGCGUUCGACUUCUACCAUCAGGCCCCUUGGACUGCAGGAGGUCACAUAUCAGAGAUGCUCUACAAAGCUGGAAGCACGGGCGAGGGGCUUUGCUUCAUAACGCCAUUUGUUCCCUCUACUCUCCAUAUGUACAAUGCUCUGGCCCAUUCAGCGUUCGGUAUGAAGAAGAUUCCGUUGAUGGAAGAUCUCUGCGAUCUUCUCGUGGACCCGGUCUUUCUCGGUAGCCGGCCCACGAAGAACUACCUUUCUCACUACCGGAGAGCUGUGUGGGGUGCAAAGAGGAACAAGAAGGGGGUCCCAGAUGAUAUCGACGAUAACGACUACAGAUUCCACCCUGAAUACAUGGCCAUUGUCUUCGGAGAGCGCCCUGAGCUAGCAAGGACUUCAGCGGUGCGGUCAAAGAUGAGAAACAUGUCAGUCAAGACGGAUGUGUCAAGCAUCAUCGAAAAGUCCAAGGAACUUGUGCUGCCAGAAUUCCGAGGUCGUCUGCCGAUUGCAAGGCUCGAUAUGUUCAGAAUCUUUACUGUCUGUGUCGAGAUACUUGAGAAGCUCAGUAUGAUUGUACAGGAACAUGAAUACGAAGGCGGUAUUGAGCAUCACAUGACCUUCGACAACCAUAUCAUCAAGGGGCAUAACAUGAUUGAUAUCUUGCUCGGUUUCAUUGUCCAAUUUUCAGGCGAUCAAUACAAGGAGGAAACGCUUCGGGGUCUUUAUCUUCCCAGAACGGCAGCUUUGGCGUUCUUCCUGGAGGUGGAUGAAGACGCGAAGCUGGAGGAAUAUUUGUGGAACAUCUGA